CUGGUAGAUCUUUUUGUAUUCACAAAGACUACAAGAAACCUGUGUUGCAGAACCUGGGAUCCGCAUUAUCUACCAUGGAAAGAAUGGGAUGCAGGACCCUAUUAAUUGUUGCACUAAUAACAAUGAACCAUCUCCUUCCAGCGCAGGCUCAGUGGUUGAUAUUUGGAGACCGGGACAAAGAAAAAGAGAUCAGUGCUCCAAAACCCACAAGCCCUUCACCCACAUCCAAACAAUCAGAAAAUGAGCUUGAUGACCUUGAUGAGGAAAGUGAAAGCAUCAAGCUAACCCCACCACCAAUGAUGCCUCAUUCUACCAUACACCCUGAAGAAAAGAAAGAGCUUUUUCACCAGACAGAACCUCCAAUAAUAAUAAUCCCUGAAGAAACCACUACUCCUGUAAAGCCUACUACUACAGCCAUGAAGAAGACCACCGGCAUGACCCAAGGGCCUACAACACUAAAGGAGGCAACUGUCUCAACAGCUGGUAAUAUAAAGAUAAGAGAAAGUGAAAAACCUGCAAAAGAGUUCCAUGAAACCCCUCGUUAUUUCAGUGAGCCGAGGGAACCACCAGCACUACAACCUGAGCUGCAAACUACAGUUCCUGCGGCCGCACGUGAGACCACCCAACUUCAGAGUACAACAUCUCACCAGUAUCCCCUUACUGAGGGUCAAGGAUUUGCUGAGUUGAUUCCAUCAACCACAACAUUGUUGCCAGAUAUUCAUAAAGCCAAGAGUGAGGAGGAUUUUAGUCCAGAGGAAAGCAUUGUGGGAAAACAGGAUAUUGAACCAGUAGAGAUCACACCACGUUCUCCCUACCGAUUUCCUGAUAUAGACCCUGAGAAGCUCAAUCUCUCAGGCUGCACCUGUCCUGCUAUACCUGGGCCACCAGGAUUAAAGGGGGACAGAGGCGACCCUGGACCCCCAGGACUUCCAGGAAGCCCAGGUCAUACUGGCGAAAGGGGUUAUAUGGGGAUGCCUGGACCACCAGGCCCCCAGGGUCCUCCUGGACCACAAGGAAUUCCAGGACAACCUGGAACAGUGGGGAUAUUUAAGGCAAAAGAGAGUGAAAAUGAGGUUGUUCUGGAUCGUCCUGGACCUCCAGGGCCCGAAGGACAACGUGGACCUCCAGGGCUUCAAGGUCAUCCUGGACCUCAAGGACCCGAAGGACCCGAAGGUCCUCAGGGACCACCUGGACUUCCUGGGCUCCCAGGAGUUCCAGGACACCCUGGACUUAUAGGCCCAAAAGGAGAUCAAGGUCCAGAAGGUCUGCCAGGUUUAAGAGGACCCCCAGGCCAGAGUGGGUUUCAAGGUUAUGAGGGGCUCCAAGGAUCAGAAGGCCUAAGAGGACCAGAAGGACCACCUGGACCUCAGGGUCUUCCAGGAAUAGAAGGCCCCCAGGGACUUCCUGGCCCAGAAGGUAGCCCUGGCAUAGCAGGGUUACCAGGUUUGCCUGGCAUGGAUGGAUCACCUGGACUGUCAGGUCACCAGGGACCAGAAGGGGCCCCUGGAAUACAAGGUCUCAUUGGACAAAAGGGAGAAAAAGGGGACACUGGUGCUUCUGGUCUUCCCGGAAUCCAAGGGCUACAUGGGCAAAAGGGAGAGCCAGGCCCACAGGGGCCACCAGGGCCAGCAUCUGAAGGAUUGUGCUGUAAGGGUGAAAUAGUUCCAUCAAUCCCUGCAGUUGUGCCUGGGCCCCAAGGACCUAAGGGAGAAAAAGGAGAUCCAGGAGAGGGCUGUGCUAAUCACUGCAGUCAUACUUUAUCUAACGAUAUCAGUCCCCAUGGGCCUCCUGGACCUCAGGGCCCACCAGGUCCUCCCGGACCCCCCGGACUACCAGGACCCCCUGGACCCCCACAAACAAAUCUGCCUUCUCGAUUCCAAGAGGAUGGAAGAUCAGAUGUAUAUGGCUCUCUCCUGUACUCUGGUCUUCCUGGAAGCCCAGGUUCGCCAGGACCUCCAGGCCCUCCCGGACCCCCAGGAGUGGUGUACAUCAAUAGAGUGUAUCCGGUACCGCCGCGGCCACACUGCAAACAGACGGUACCCAUUGAAUCAAAGACCACAAGAUCUGAUUCAGCUGCUGAACCUCAGAAAUAUCUAAAGAGUUGGGUAUUUCAGACCAAGGAUGAGAUGUCCCAGGCAUGGGAGGAAGUGACAGAGGGUGCUUUGGUUUAUGUGAAGGAUCAGAGUGCUGCCUAUUUCCGAUCCAGUGUCGGUUGGAGUAAAAUCCUGUUGGAGGAUAUAGAUCCCAUUUUAUCUGCUGAUGAUCCAUUAGUCCAAGAGGAAUAUGCAGAAGAAGACCCCGAGAGUACCAAUGAGCAUGUGUCAGUGCCACAAAGUAUCAGUUACCGAAUCCCUUCUCUGCGCCUAGUGGCUCUCAAUGUUCCAAUGUCGGGUGGAAUGAGUGGCAUCCGAGGGGCUGACCUGCAGUGCUACAACCAGGCCCAGGAGAUGUCCCUUUAUGGAACCUUCAGAGCUGUUCUGACCUCCUCCAGCCAAUCCCUCUCCUCCAUAGUGAAAAGGACAGACCAAAACCUUCCUAUAGUGAAUAUAAGAGGUGAUCUUCUCAUGAUGAGCUGGAAUUCCCUGUUUGAAAAUAAAUCCAAGCCAUUUAAGUCUAAUGCUCCUGUUUACUCAUUCAAUGGAAGAGACCUUCUCACGGACACUCUUUGGCCACAGAAAGCAUUCUGGCAUGGUUCAAGCCAAAAGGGGAACAGUAUCAGGAACAGAAACUGCAGGGAAUGGAGAAGCAGCAGUGUAGCUGAGGGGCUUGGAUCCCCUCUGACUGGGAAAUGGAUCCAGGACAGUGACUCAUACGAAUGCUCUAAACCCCUUGCUGUCCUGUGCAUUGAAAUUGCCUUCCCCUAUCAGCACAUGUGGUGAGCUGAAGUAUUUACAGGGCUUACUGAAUGAAGGAACAGGCGAUGCAACACCUCCACAAAUCUGCCUAAAAUGUUACCUCUCCUACUGCUGCUGUGGCAUGGGCUGAAGAAGAAGAAAACGGUGGGGCGCUGCUAUGUAUAUAGCUAUAACAUUAACAGGAUAGCUCCAUUUAAUUGUAUUCUUGUUAUUUUUGGGUGGUGAAGGAAAAAAAAAAUCUGAGGUCUGUCUAUGUUACAUUCAAAAUGGAUUCUAAAGGAGAACAAGGUCUCUGCAAUAUUUUUUAUUUAAUCUAAAAUUGAAAUCAAACAUUAAGCACUGGGCUUUGUUCCAUUACACUCAAAUUAAGUUAAGUAUUGCACUUAAUAAAAGGUGUAAAAUAAUUGACAUAUAUCCUCAUUUACAGGAAAGCAGAGAGGAAACUUGCUCCUUAUCCAGCUACUGGCUGCCUGGGAAUGUCUUAGACUUUCCAUGCAAGAACACGGUAUAUAGGAAGAGGGAAAUCUCAUAUAUAAGGAUAUGACACACAGUAAUGCAGGAUAUCGGGGGGUAACAUGUCUGUGUGGGUUCCCCCAGGUACCCUGGUUUCCCCCUCACCCUCCGAAAUGAAAACAUACAGGCCGGUUAAUACUUUGGGCAUAGUUACCUUCACUUAACGGCUUUUUGUGCUCUUUUAUAAAGCACAGACAAGAAGUGCAUAAAACUGGUGCUAAUUUAUAAUACUGAACAUUUCUAGAAAAAUAAAGCAAAUGGAAUAUCAUUUAUAAGGUAUUCAUUUUUCCUUUGUCUACCCAUGAUGUAUGCAUGUUUGGCAGCAGAAUAUGGACGGAGCCCCUGUAUAAUAACAGAUAAUGUACCCAACUGCCAAUAAAAUGAUGAUACUGGAACUCGGCUCAGAGUUCAACUAAA